AACAAUAUCUUUCUGCAAUUGCAUCUUAUUAUACACACUCAGCUCUCAUAUCUGAACCCAAAACCCCCCUCUCUUCUCUUUUGUGGGUUCAGACUUCAGAGUGAGUUGCAAAUUUUCAAGCAAUUCAACCAAUCUCAGAAUUUAUGGACUCGGUGGCUUUUGGACUCGCUUCUCCUCCUUUUCCCUCACCCACGCGCCGCCUCCCUUCCAAUCCUCACGCGCCACCUUCUUUCCCUUGUUUCCGCCGAUUGCCGCUUCUUCUCCCACGGCUUCGCCACUUUCCCCCUCCCUCUGCUGCCAACAGCACCCUCACCGCCAAUUCGCGAAGAGGUGGUUAUUACACAGUUGGUGACUUCAUGACAAAGAAAGAGGAUUUGCAUGUGGUAAAGACCACAACAACUGUGGAUGAAGCUCUGGAAAUUCUUGUUGAGAAUAGGAUAACUGGCUUUCCUGUCAUUGAUGAUAAUUGGAACUUAGUUGGUGUUGUUUCAGACUAUGACUUGUUAGCACUGGACUCAAUAUCAGGUGGUGCAGGUCAUGGGCGAAAAGAUAACAGCAUGUUUCCUGAAGUUGACAGCUCUUGGAAAACAUUCAAUGAGGUUCAGAAACUGCUGAGUAAGACCAACGGCAAGGUCAUCGGCGAAUUAAUGACCCCUGCACCCAUGGUGGUUAGGGAAACAACUAAUCUCGAGGAUGCUGCUAGAUUGUUGCUGGAAACAAAAUUUCGACGGCUUCCGGUUGUAGAUGCCGAGGGUAGGCUGGUGGGAAUUAUCACGAGAGGAAAUGUUGUUAGAGCCGCACUUCACUUCAAAAAAGCUAACCAAAACAAAGCAUGAUAGCAAGAAUACUGGAAAAAUACAUUUAUUGCUAGAUUUCGUGCAGUAAUCCGAUUCAAGUAUUCACAUAAGAUUGGCUUCGUUUAUUAGAAUUAUUGAAAUUUUGGCUUAGGCAUGAAUGUAUAUCUUUUAUGAUUGUUUCGCUGCUAGACUUACAUUUGUCAUUGUCAAUAUAUUUAAAGUGAAAUCAUUAUUUAUUAUUAUUGAUCA